UCAGUCCUCUUCUCUGCUGGCCCUCCUCCACCUCCUCCUCCUCCUCCACCUCCUCCUCUUGUAGGUGUCGGCGAAGGGUGCAGGGCCAGGCCAGUGCUGGGGCAGGACGCCGGGGGUCCAGGCCCACAGCCCCUGCACGCUCCCUGAUGGUGUGACCCACCCUCCCACAGCCAGGUCUGCCCCUGCAGCAGCGGCGCUGGGCAUUGGUGCUCCUGCCAGGCUGGGGAGGGYGUGGGGGGAAAGCUCAUCCCAGGGUCUGUCACCGCCCUAAGCCCCAUGGCCAUUUAAUCRUUCACCCAUUAACUUGGACUAAUAAACCUAGUGGCAGUGAGAGGCUAAAAGCCCUGCCUGYGCCAGUGCCGCCUCCGCCUGCGCCACUCCUGCUGCCCACCAUGGCAGCCGGCUUUUUCAUCAGCAAGACUGUGGGCAUCGUGGCCAUCGUGCUGGGCCUGGGGGCUGUGGCCACCAUCAUCGCACUCUCGGUGGUGUAUGCCCAGGAAAAGAACAAGGGGACAUCGGAUGUGGGCGGYACGGCUGAGCCCAGCACCACCGCCACCACCGCCGCCCCCAACAACCCAUGGAACCGGUGGAGGUUGCCGGGCACGCUGAGGCCAGAGAGCUACGAGGUGUCCCUGCAGCCCUUCCUGAARCCCGAUGCCAACAACAUGUACAUCUUCAAGGGCAACAGCAACGUYACCUUCGUCUGUGUGGAAGCCACCGACCUCAUCCUCAUCCACAGCAACAAGCUGAAYUACACCAUGCAGGGCUCCUUCCAUGCCACGUUGCAUGCGGAGGAUGGUGGCAGUGUCCCCGCCAUCUCCCGCACCUGGCUGGAGACCCCCACCCAGUACCUGGUGGUGCAGCUGGCCUCCCCCCUGCAGCAGGGCCAGCGCUACCGGCUAUCCAGCAGCUUCACUGGGGAGCUGGCUGACGAUCUGGCUGGCUUCUACCGCAGCGAGUACAUGGACGAGUCAGGCAACAAGCAGGUGGUGGCCACCACGCAGAUGCAGGCAGCUGAUGCACGCAAAGCUUUCCCAUGCUUCGACGAGCCAGCCAUGAAAGCCAACUUCACAGUGACACUGAUCCACCCCUCUGACUAUAAGGCCAUUUCCAACAUGCCUGCCAAGGGCACCAGGCAGGAGAUGAUCAAUGGGGAGAYCUGGAAUGUAACUGAGUUUGACACCACACCCAGGAUGUCCACAUACCUUGUGGCUUUCAUUGUCAGCCAGUUCAGCUUCAGGCAGAGCAUGUCGGACAAGACACUGAUUCGCAUCUGGGGCCGCCCGAAGGCCAUCGACGAGGGCCAGGGCGGUUACGCACUCAACGUCACUGGCGACAUCCUCAACUUCUUUGAGAUGCAUUACAACACGGCCUACCCGCUCCCCAAGUCUGACCAGGUUGGCCUCCCUGAUUUCAAUGCGGGUGCCAUGGAGAACUGGGGGCUGGUGACCUACCGGGAGAACUCGCUGCUCUUUGAUCCUGAAUACUCCUCCAUUGGCAACAAGGAGCGGGUGGUGACUGUCAUUGCCCACGAACUGGCGCACCAGUGGUUUGGGAAUUUGGUGACGCUGCGGUGGUGGAACGACCUGUGGCUGAACGAGGGCUUCGCUUCCUACGUGGAGUAUCUGGGCGCUCACUGGGUUGAAUCCUCCUGGAAUAUCAAAGACCUGAUGGUGCUGAACGAGCUGCAUGCAGUGAUGGCGACAGAUGCCCUGGCCAGUUCCCAUCCACUCUCCUUCCGCGAGGAAGAGAUCAAUACCCCGGCCCAGAUCAGUGAGGUCUUUGACAGCAUCGCCUACAGCAAGGGAGCAUCGGUGCUGCGGAUGCUCUCCGAAUUCCUCACCGAUGAAAUCUUCAAGCAAGGGCUGCAGUCCUACCUCCACACCUUCGCCUACAGCAACACCAUCUACGCUGACCUCUGGGUCCAUCUGCAAGAGGCGGUGGAGAAGAACAAUGUCRAGCUGCCUGACAGCGUCAGCAACAUCAUGGAUCGCUGGACGCUGCAGAUGGGCUUCCCUGUGGUCACUGUCAACACCCUCACUGGCACCAUCAACCAGACCCACUUUCUGCUGGACCCCACAUCCCACGUGGACAGACCCUCCAUCUUCAACUACACCUGGAUCAUCCCCGUCACCUGGAUGACAGGCAGUGGCACUGUGAACAAMUAUUGGCUGACCAAUGUCACAGACACCAAUGACCAGUUCAAGAUCAACAGCCCUGCCUGGCUCCUGCUGAACCUCAAUGUCACUGGGUACUUCCGUGUCAAUUAYAACCAGGAAAACUGGAAUCAGCUUCUCAACCAGCUUGGCACUGACCACGAGGUCAUCCCUGUGAUCAACCGUGCCCAGAUCAUCGAUGAUGCCUUUAACCUUGCCAGGGCCAAAUACAUCAACGUGACCUUGGCCCUGAGCACGACACGCUUCCUGAGUCGGGAGACAGCCUACAUGCCCUGGCAGGCAGCGCUCAAAAAUCUGCAGUACUUCCAGCUGAUGUUUGACCGCAGUGAGGUGUUUGGGCCCAUGUCGGAAUAUGUGAGGAAGCAGGUGAUGCCUCUCUUCAAGCAUUACGAAAACACCACCAAUAACUGGCAAAAUGUCCCGGUUGGCCUGCUGGACCAGUACAACGAGGUCAAUGCCAUCCAGACCGCCUGCUCCUACGGCAUCACCGAGUGCCAUCAGUUGGCUGCCAAAUACUUGAACGAGUGGCAGCAAAAUCCCGCCAGAAACCCGGUCCACCCGAACCUGCGCUCAGCCAUCUACUGCAGCAUGGUGGCCACGGGUGGGGAGGACRUCUGGAAUUUUCUCUGGGAAAAGUUCCAGAAUGCUACUGUGGUGUCUGAGGCCGAUAAGCUCCGCACAGCCCUCUCCUGCAGCACCCAGACCUGGAUCCUCAAGAGGUACCUGGAGUACACCCUCGACCCCACAAAGAUCCGGAAGCAGGAUGCCACCUCCACAAUCAACAGCAUUGCCAGCAAUGUUGUGGGGCAGCCCCUGGCCUGGGACUUCAUCCGUGGCAACUGGAGGACGCUCUUCAGCCAGUAUGGGGGCGGCUCCUUCUCUUUCUCCAAACUGAUUUUGUCCGUGACCCAGCGCUUUUCUACAGAGUUUGAGCUGCAGCAGCUGGAGCAGUUCAAGAAGGACAACCAGGACAUCGGCUUUGGGUCGGGGACGCGGGCGCUGGAGCAGGCACUGGAGCGGACCCGUGCCAACAUCAACUGGGUGAAGGAGAACCAGGCAACGGUGCUGGAGUGGUUCAAUGCCGAGAGGAGCUAACAGGCACCUGCACUGCCCUGGCCAGCAGGAUGGACCCUUGUCCACUCCAGACUCCACUCACUCCAUCCUCGUGACCCCCAGGCCCCUGCCCCCUGAAUGCCGCACUGCCAGGGAGGGGCCUGAUGCCUCUGGAUUGUGGGCACUGGGAAAGUGGGGACUUGGGAGGGGGGAGGGCAGGCUGAUGCAGCUCUGGGGGUGUAAAUAAAAACAGUUUCCAGGGACUCCCAGCGUACUGGG